AUGUCACUAGAUUCGAAAGCUCCAGCGUACACGUUGGUUUUUGAUCCAUCUACCAAUGGUGAAAGCUAUUCCGUGUCAGAUUUCCAAAAAUCCUUAGAAAAGGGAUCCGAUAAUGAAAAAAUAAGCACUAUGAAGGCUAUCUUGGCUACCAUGUUAGAAGGUAACCCAUUACCUGAAUUAUUGAUGCAUAUCAUUAGAUUUGUCAUGCCAUCCAAAGACAAAAGAUUAAAAAAACUAUUAUAUUUUUACUGGGAGAUCGUUCCAAAACUUGAUCAAGAGGGUAAAUUAAGACAUGAAAUGAUUUUGGUUUGUAAUGCAAUUCAACAUGAUUUGCAACAUCCAAAUGAAUACAUUAGGGGUAAUACCUUAAGAUUUUUGACGAAAUUGAGAGAAUCUGAACUAUUAGAGCAAAUGGUCCCAUCUGUUUUACAAUGUUUACAAUAUCGUCAUGCAUACGUCCGUAAAUAUGCAAUCUUAGCUGUCUUAUCCAUUUACAACGUUAGUGAACAUUUAUUACCAGAUGCGAAGGAUAUUAUCAACACUUUCUUGGUUGCUGAAACUGAUCCAAUCUGUAAAAGAAAUGCAUUUUUGGCCCUUUCUCAAUUAGACCGUGAGAAGGCUUUAGAAUAUUUAGAUGCUAAUAUUGCCAAUAUAGAUGGUGUUGAUCCUCUAUUGCAAAUUGCAUUUGUUGAAUUCAUUAGAAGCGAUGCUACUCAAACUCCAUUAUUGAAGUCACAGUACGUUGACUUGUUGUUAGAAUUAUUAACAAGUGCCACGGCUGAUGAAGUCAUAUUUGAAACUGCCUUAGCUCUGACUGUUUUGACUUCCAACGCCUCAGCUUUAAUUACAACUGCUACUAAAUUGAUCGAUCUAGCUGUAAAAGUUUCUGAUAAUAACGUUAAAUUGAUCGUUUUAGAUAGAAUCCAAGAUAUCAAUACAAGUAACCCGGGUGCAUUAGAAGAAUUGACUUUAGAUUUAUUACGUAUUUUGAAUUCUGAAGAUUUAGAUGUUCGUUCCAAAGCUUUAGAUAUUGCUAUGGAUCUAGUUACAUCAAGAAACGCUGAAGAUGUUGUCCAAUUAUUAAAGAAAGAAAUUCAAACUACAGUUAGUAACAGUGCAAAUGAUAAAUCUUUGGAAUAUAGAGAAUUGUUAAUUAAGACAAUUCGUGGUAUCGCCAUUAGAUUCAGUGAAAUGUCUGCUAAUGUAGUUUCUUUACUUUUAGAUCUUGUUAGUGAAUUGAAUUCGACUGCUGCCAGUGGUAUCAUUUCUUUUGUUAAGGAAGUUAUGGAAAAAUAUCCUCAAUUACGUCAAGAAUUAUUAAAUCAUUUAUUGAAUUCAUUAGUUAAUAUUAAAUCCGCAAAGGCAUACCGUGGUGCUUUAUGGGUCAUUGGUGAAUAUGCUUUAACUGAUAAUGAAAUCCAAAAUUGUUGGAAACAUAUCCGUAGUAAUGUAGGUGAAGUCCCAAUUCUUCAAGCCGAAAGAAAGAAAUUAAAUAAAACAAAUGAUGAAUCAAACGAAGGUGAAGAACAGAAACAUAAGCAAGCUGGUCCGGUCAUUUUACCAGAUGGUACAUAUGCUACUGAGAGCGCCUUUGAUUCAGUGAAAGAUACAAGCUAUAAAAAUCAAGAUGAAGAUGAUAACGAAACCCUUCCAAUUCGUCGUUUUGUACUAGGUGGUGACUUCUAUACUGCAUCCAUCCUUGCUAGUACGAUAAUCAAGUUAGUUCUGAGAUUCGAAAAGCAAGGUUCAAAUGUCAGUAUUACAAACGCAUUGAAAGCUGAAGCUUUAUUGAUUUUGGUCAGUAUUAUCAGAGUCGGUGAAAGUUCCAUCGUUAAGAAGAGGAUUGAUGAAGAUUCCUCUGAAAGAUUAAUGACUGCCAUUGGUAUCUUAUUAGAUGAAGUUAACCCACAUGAAACUCCAGCUGAAAAGGAAUUAUUGGAGUUAGCAUUCUUAGAUGCUACAAAAAAUUCUUUCAAAUCUCAUCUUGCUAUUUCCAAACGUGACAAAAAGAGAAUUGUUUCUAAAACUUUGAAGAAGAAUACUGAGCCAAUUGAAAAGGCCGUUAUGUUCAGACAAUUUAUUAAUGCUGACUCAAACGUGGUACAAAAGGAUAGUAUCGAAGAAGAUCUUGAACUUGCUACGAAUGGGGAUUCUGCCGCUUUGAAAAGACGUACUAUGACAUCCUCAUUGAAGAAGAUUGUUCCCUUAACCGGGUUUUCAGAUCCUGUGUAUGCAGAAGCCUGUAUUACCAACAAUCAAUUCGAUGUUGUGUUAGAUGUCUUACUAGUCAAUCAAACUAAGGAAACUUUAAAGAAUUUGCAUGUUCAAUUUGCUACUCUAGGUGAUUUGAAGAUCAUUGAUAACCCUCCAAAGACUAACGUCAUUCCUCAUGGGUUCCAUAGGAUUACUAUAACGGUUAAGGUUUCGUCUGCUGACACAGGUGUUAUAUUCGGUAACAUUAUUUACGAUGGUGGUCAUGGUGAAGAUGCUCGUUAUGUUAUUUUGAAUGACGUUCAUAUUGAUAUAAUGGAUUACAUUAAACCGGCUAGGACGGAUGAUGAUACGUUCCGUACAAUGUGGAAUGCAUUCGAAUGGGAAAAUAAAAUAUCAGUGAAAUCAGCUUUGCCUACAUUACAUACAUACUUAAAUGAGUUAGUGAAGGGCACUAAUAUGGGUAUCUUGACUCCAACGGAAGCAUUGGGUGAAGAGGAUUCAAGAUUCUUGAGUUGUAAUCUAUAUGCUAGAUCCUCUUUCGGUGAAGAUGCAUUGGCUAACUUAUGUAUUGAAAGAAAUCCAACUACAAAUGAAGUAGUCGGGUACGUCCGUAUUCGUUCAAAGGGACAAGGUUUGGCAUUAUCCUUAGGUGAUAGAGUGGCAUUGAUUGCCAAGCAAAAUAAUAACGCAAGAGUAACUCGUGUUUAA